AUGGCCGGCGAUAGCGAAGACAAGCAAUGGGGCAAGGAAAAGCAAGCGCCCACGCAUGGCUCUGCCGGCAUGGAUGGGCCCCCCCCCGCCAUGGUUUCCGGCUGGGUCUGCUCCCCAUGCAGCCGGGCCCGUAUUAACGGCUUGCGCCAGCAAAUUCUGGAGCUCUUGCGUCACCUCUACAUUCUAGGAGCCGCAACGGCUCCCCGUCCUUGGCAUUUGAAGACAUUUACUUUUAGUCUUGCUCUUGGAAUUCCCAUUGCGAAGAAGUAUCUUUUAGAUCCUUUCACAGAGCCAGAGCCAUCACAAGAAACUGGCCCUGGAACCUCAUUCUACAACCCCCAACGUUCGCUUUCUAUGAGAGCCAAGCCAGUAUCAAGCGGCCAUAGCAGAAACAGCAGCUAUCCGACGCCGCCGCACUCGGCCAAUUCAACCCACGACAGCUUCCAUCCCUCCAAUCCGUUCUCUGGCUCGUCGCGCGCCUCUUCAUCGCAUGAGAGAGGCGAUUGGGCGCCGGCAGGGACCAUUCUAGGAAGAAGCAGCAGCAUCAACAGUCGCAACUCGGGCUACAACCCUCGCUCUCCAACCCACCAGUCCCAGAGAGAUACUUCGGACUUUGGAAGAAGCAAGACCGUGAGAUACCCUCCGCAGACCCAUCACACUCAAGCCUCGAGCAGCAAGGAGCCAGGUCUCUACCGGAGUACUAGCGCUGCCUCUGGAGGCAUUCAGAGACGCGGAUCUCUGAAUCAGCGAUACCCGGGCGACAUGUCUCACAAGCCGCUCGAUAUGCUCAAGCAAGAUCACCGGUCGGUGGAGCGCAAGCAUCGGCGCCAAAAGUCAAAGAACCCGCCGGUCGACACCAUCGAUGCACUCGACAAGUCGUUCGGUGGCAGCUACCAUCACUCCGGGCCUUACGACGCCACGCUGGCUGCCAGCAACAUCAACAAGAAAUACUCUCCAUUGGAAGCCGUCAAGGACACCAACAUGGAGGCUAUCAAGGCCACACCGCAAGCAUACAUCAACGACUCUCUGGUAAAGCAUGUCCCACUUCAAGGCACGGCCACUGUGCCACCCGGUGAGAUGGACAUUGGCGGCCGCUUCAUGGAGUAUGAGGAAGGUGCCGAUUUGAUGCGAGAGCCAAGCGCUGGCGGCGGUGCGUAUAAGCGCUGGGACGGCGUUUCUUACCUCCCCGACGACUACAAGGGAAAGGGCGAGCCAUCCUUCACCUACGAGCGGGAUCUCAAGGAGAAGCAGGCCCGCUCGCACAGACAUACUCGCUCCCAGGGUAACGGACCUAUCGAGUAUGAAAUGCAGCCUACCGGGCACAGAAGAAGCAGCGGGAAAAACGGCGAGUACACUGUUCGACAGAGAAGCGUCAGCGCCGCUGCAGAAGGGGCGGGUCCAAGCUCUCGCCUCGAGGUCCCCAUGAGCCCCAACUCACCCAAAGGCUUCUCGACCAACAACGACAUCCGCCGCCACAACAGCACUGGCAAGCGGAUAAGCGACGGUCUGAAGCGCCGGUUCGGCAGUAUCCGGCGGAAGAAGGACAUUGAGCAAGAGGUGUAA